UUAGAAAAAGUGAAGCGCAUUUGAAUCUAACGUCAACGUUUGGUCACAUCCCGUUUUGUGGUGGCAACGAACAUGGAUUCGGAUCAAUUCACCACUUGCCCCUUAUGCGAUUCAUGUCUACCCAUAUCUCAACUCACUGGGCACGUCAAUUUUCAUUUUUGGGAACUCCAGCAUGAUUUUGACCUGCCCACAAUAAUUCAACGCUCUCCCAAUGUUGAUUCAUCCCCUCAAUCUCUUCCGAGAGAGCAAGCAAGCACUGUUUCACUGUCUGGAGCAAAGUAUUCGCGUGGUGGUGAGACUAGUAGCGAGAACGGGGAGUGCAAAGUGAAUGACAGAAUCUCUUGCUUGAUUGUUUCUCAGACAAGGUGUGAAUUUCACAAAGUUGAAGCGGGUUUGAUGACAUUGUUCAAAAAUUGUUUAGAGUCUGAAAUUGGAAAUUCAAUUAGCAUUUUGUCGGGUUAUGUUGAUCAUUUCCAGUGCCUUGAAUCUGAGGAUGCCGGAUGGGGUUGUGGGUGGCGUAACAUUCAAAUGCUUAGUUCUCACUUGCUAGUGCAAAGACCUGAAGCAAGGAAAGCUUUGUUUGGUGGUUCGGGAUUUGUUCCUGAUAUCUUGUCGCUGCAAAGGUGGCUCGAGAUUGCUUGGGAGAAGGGUUUUGAUCCGCUUGGAUCAGCUCAAUUCAAUCAUGCUAUUUUUAGUUCUAAAAAAUGGAUAGGAACUACUGAGUGUGCAGCUCUAUUGCGUUCCUUUGGUCUUAGGGCAAGAGUAGUGGAUUUUGGUCCUAAGGAAUCCCAAUCCAUUCCAGGUUCUAGCGCUGACAAUGCCAGGAAUGAAACAAGUGUUCAUUUGGUAAAAAAGAAAGAUAAAGGGGGCAGGGGUUAUCAAGUUCUCAUGGAUUUUGUGUGGAAUUACUUUUUGGAUGAAAACUCAAUCCAAUUUGGCCAAAAACAUGUGAUCAGUGAGAAAACGCCUUUAUACUUCCAACAUGACGGUCACUCAAGAACA